AUGUUAUGGUGGAUUGGAGGUUUGGUCUUGAGCUCAGCCCCCACCACACUUGGCCGUGAGUUUAUCGGAAAUGCGGAGACCAAAUUCGAGUUUGGUGACUAUGCUGGCAUGGGUUCCAAUUUGCCUGCCGAAAGCGCUUCAAUCUCUGAGCAGACCUUGCAGAGUGCGCUCACUCAAGGGAAUGAGCCUGAAAGCAGUCUGACGGCAAGGCCAAGUUCAGAAGAGAUGCUUCCACGAGAUGCGCAGGCAUGGGAAUCCAAGACAAAAUCUCCUCCGAGCCAAACUUGUCCAACAUGCUGUCGAGGGAGCGAGCAGACUGAGUGCUCAAAGGAAAAAGCUCAAGUUGACCCCUGCUCUGGCAAAUCUGAUUGCACCGGCUUCCACAGGUGCUUUGGGGCAAAGAGAGGCUUUCUUCAAUGCCAGUAUCAACCAGAUUCUGACGUCCAUUGUCAGAGUGGACCCAAUUGCUUGCCAGAAUGUGCUGGAGAGCAGCUGGGAAAGGAUGACGAUGACUGUUCGUUGCAGCCAAUUGAGAAAUGUGACGGCUAUGUUUGGCGGGUAGGCCGUGCCACCCAGUGCAAGAUUGAGCCUGGUGGAAAUCCAAGUGGCGCAGAUAUUUGUGCCAACGCAUACUUUUGUGGUGUGCGAUGA